AUGUUUCCCUCACUCCCUUUCUUCACUGGCCAAGUGAUUAGCGCGCCCUUCAAACGCGCCCAGCUUGGCCUGUUCCAAGGGAAAACUAAACAAUACGGAAAUAAUGUCCCGUUCUCUAAGCACAAGACACGGCGCACAUGGCUGCCAAAUAUCCAGUCCAAACGCUUCUUCUCCGAGGCCUUACAGGAGUAUAUUCGGGUGAAGGUCAGCACUCGUGCCUUGAAGACUAUCAAAAAGUACGGAGGGAUUGACCAGUAUGUGCUGCGGACAAAGGCGGAUCUACUGGGCUGGGAGGGUAUGCGGAUACGCGUGGUGGUGCGCGAGCGACAGGAGGCGAAUGCAGUAGUGCAGCAACAGUUACCAACCUCUCAGCAGCCGGCUGUCCAGGCUGCCUCGUGA